AAAGGCCGUCAUCAUAGCCAAGACAUCAUAAACACUCGUCUAGCUCAACACAGCAACACAGGUUCGCUUUGACUAGCACAUGUCAAGACAUCUUUAUACGAAUUUGAUGUGAAUGUUAACCGGAUCUUCAUAGUGAAUCUUACUCGGUGACAUUACACGGACUAUCUGGCUACAACAGGUGGAUAUUAUAUCUUAUACGAGUUUCUCGAAUAUCUUGUAACUCAAAAAUAGACAUUAUACAAUGGAUGGGUCUCUGCCUAACUCGCCCAGCAUGUCCUCCAGUGAUACAUCCAGUAACGAAGAUGGACUACGACCAUUUCCGGAUGAAAAAGAUCUUGCAGAGUUCAAACUCAAUAAACCGAUGGACUAUCCGGAUUCCCCUCGAUCUCAUACCUCCGACAGUUCCGGAAGCGACAGAGGGACUCCGAAUAGAUUUUACACCAACAAGAUGAAAGAAACUGCACAAGAACGUGAAAUCCGCCGCUACCGCACAGCUUUCACCAAAGACCAGCUUAACCGUCUGGAGAAAGAAUUCCUGAAGGAGAACUAUGUUUCCCGCCCAAAGAGGUGCGAGUUAGCAGCGUCACUCGGACUCGCAGAAUCAACUAUCAAGGUUUGGUUCCAAAACCGAAGAAUGAAGGACAAGCGCCAACGAAUGGCACUCACCUGGCCAUAUGGUAUUCCCCCAGAUCCUCAGCUGUAUGCUUACCUUGCAGCAGCCGCCGCUACGUACCCAUACAAUCUCCAACAUCCAGCCGCACUUCCGUAUCCAAGCAUGGGUCUCCCGCAUGGUCUUCAGCCAUCAACAAGUUCGGCUUUCACUCCAAUGGCUGUGUCAAGCCCGCUCCAACCCCGACUUGAUGUUCUGUCCUCUAUGUCAAGUCCCCUCUACAGACCAGUUCCGAGCUUGGAAACAAGUCCGUCCUUUACUACGUCGCCACCAAGCCUUCAUUUCCCUCCAAGAAUGCAUUUCCCCUGGAUGGAACAUUCCCCAAGCAUAUGUGGUGCAAAUUCCGGAAAACCGUGUACUUGUCCGGCUCCUUCUCUGGGACUUUACCCUCCACCAGCUCCAGGACUAUUGUCUACCUCCCUCAGCUCGUCACAUCCCCUGUUACACAAACGAGAGAUGGAGAGUUCGUCGCGGUGAUGUGCAAGUGAACGUUUUGUGUGUAUGGGUCGAUCAUAGUGACAUGUGUAAUUGAAAGUUGAUGUGAUUGUUAACGAAUGAGAUGAUUGUUAGGAAAUGAUGAUUAUAAAUGAAAGGAACGUGUGAAAAAGAUGACUGUAACAGAAGAGAUACAUUAAUAUAAAGUAUAAGUGAAAUUUGAUAAGAUGAAAAAUAGUGCAAAUGUUGGUAUACGUAGUGGUCAUUUUCCCGACUUUCCAUUAUGAUGUAUACUUUGACAUGAUGACGUCAUACAUCCCAUGACGAAACAUUGUCUAUAAACAGUCGCUGAAUUCAGGGUAAAAGUAAAUCCAUGUAUAUAGUAUUAGACACAGCGCUUCUAAGCUCUGUCAAUUGCAGAUCAGACACAAAUAUGUACAGAUCUUCAUACAGACGUAUUUAUGUACCAUCCCAUUGUUUUGUUAUAUGAAUAUAUAUAUAUAUAUGAAAAAUAUGAAAAUGAAAAAUAAAACAAAACUGAAUCUUA